GUAGAGUCUAGUAGCUACUUUGCAAUCAUGAGGAAAGCUGUGAUAUUUGUCGCUGUCGCUUUGGUCUUGGGAACCGAGGCUUCUAAAAGACCAGGGUGCACGGAAAAUUUCCAGAAAAUCUGUGAAGACUGCAAGAAUAAAUGGCCUGAAGGAGACAAGGUAUUUGGAAAGCAAAAACCUGAAGACGUCACAGAAAAUGAAAAGGAGUUUGCUGUAUGCGUUUUUGAUGCCUACGGAAUUAUGGAUGAAAAAUUGGAAUUCGUUGAUGACAAAUUGAAUGCAGCAAUGAAAGAAGAAAUUGAAUGCAUGGCUGAAGAGGGAAAGACAAUCGAUGAUGAACGUUGGCAAAAAGAAACAAAAGAAUGCCAAUCGAACUGUAAGGGUGACAAUAAACACGACAAAUGUGUGGAUUUCCUGAUGUGCACCAUGAAGUCUUACGGUGCGUGUGUCAGUCUAUAAAGAGGAAAAUUGUGGUGAGUUCGAAAUGAAAUACGCCAUUCCCUAUUUACGCCAAACAUAGAGGGCCUACAUUGCGCACUGUACCUACUUCAGUGAGUUACAGAAACGAAAUCUUAUGUACACAUACGACUAUGUAUAUAUGAAGUUGCAAUUAAAUUAAAACGUUACAAAC